AUGGGACAGGAUGCAUUCAUGGAGCUACUCCGCAGCAUGCUUGGGAUCUCUCUUUGCAAAACAUACCUUCUUCUCUUGGCAGGUUCUUGUCUGGGACUGAAGGUGACCGUGCCGUCACACACUGUCCAUGGCAUCAGGGGACAGGCCCUCUAUCUCCCAGUGCACUAUGGCUUCCACACUCCAGCAUCUGACAUCCAGAUCAUAUGGCUGUUUGAAAGAUCCCACACAAUGCCCAAGUACUUGCUAGGCUCGGUAAAUAAGUCUGUGGUUCCCGACUUGGAAUACCAGCACAAGUUCACCAUGAUGCCACCCAAUGCAUCUCUGCUCAUCAACCCGCUGCAGUUCACCGAUGAGGGCAAUUACAUUGUGAAGGUCAACAUCCAGGGAAAUGGAACUCUAUCCUCAAGUCAGAAGAUACAAGUCACUGUUGAUGAUCCUGUCAUGAAGCCAAUGGUUCAGUCCCAUCCUGCUUCUGGGGCUGUGGAAUAUGUGGGCAACAUUACCUUGACCUGCCGAGUAGAAGGAGGUACCAGGCUGGUUUACCAGUGGCGGAAAAACGGGAAGCCCAUUUGUAUCAACCCCAGCCACUCCUUUUCUCCACAAAACAACACCCUUUGGAUUGUUCCAGUGACAAAGGAGGACAUUGGAAACUACACCUGCCUCGUGUCAAACCCCGUCAGUGAGAUGGAAAGUGAAGUCAUUAUGCCCACCAUAUAUUAUGGACCGUAUGGACUCCAGGUUAAUUCUGAUAAAGGGCUGAAAGUGGGAGAAGUAUUCACUGUUGACCUGGGUGAAGCUGUCCUCUUUGACUGUUCUGCUGAUUCUUAUCCCCCCAACACCUACUCCUGGAUCCGUAGAUCUGACAAUACUACCCACGUCAUUAAGCAUGGGCCUCGUUUAGAAGUUGCAUCUGAGAAAGUGGCCCAGAAGACAGCUGACUACGUGUGCUGUGCUUACAACAACAUCACGGGAAGACGCGAUGAAACUCGAUUCACCGUCAUCAUCACUUCUGUAGGACUGGAGAAGCUUGCACAAAGGGGAAAAUCACUGUCCCCAUUAGCAAGUAUAACUGGAAUAUCGCUGUUUUUGAUUAUAUCCAUGUGUCUUCUUUUUCUGUGGAAAAAAUAUCAACCUUUCAAAGCUAUAAGACAGAAGCUAGAAGGCAGACCUGAGUCAGAAUACAGAAAAGCUCAAACCUUUUCAGGCCAUGAAGAUGCCCUGAGUGACUUUGGGAUAUACGAGUUUGUGGCUUUUCCGGAUGCGUCUGGUGUUCCCAGGAUGUCAAGUAGGUCUGCCCCUGCCUCUGAUGGUGUAACAGUGCAAGAUGUUCAUGGAACAAUUUAUGAAGUCAUUCAGCAUAUCCCUGCACAACAGCAAGACAAUACAGAGUAA